GAGCAGAGUGUGAGAAGCAAGCUGGUAUUCUUCGCGCCGAUAGAUCCGGAUAUAUCGUAUGUCCGAUAUUGUUACCGACAAUCACAAUGGAGUGAGUCUUGACGACCGUCGGGACUCCACUUCGGGAGACCCCCCCGCCGCUCCCAAGCCAGCCAAGUACAUCCCGCCUCACCUGCGCAGGAAACUCGCCGACGAACAGACCACGGGCGGCGGCGGAGGCUCGUCCAGCGAGAUCAACAGGGACGGGGACGACCGGGAGCACCGAGGAGGACGUGACAGGGAUAGAGAUGACGACUACACCAAUGGGUACCGCGACAGAGGCCGCGACAACGACCGUCGCGACAUGGGCGGCGGCUGCCGCCGCGACAACGACCGAUUCGACAGAGGGCGGGAUGACCGCUUCGACAGCCAUGACCGCGACAGAGGGUUCGACCGGCGUGACAGCCGCGACAGAGAUGGCGGCCGCAGCCGAGGGUUCGGGGGAGGCGGGGGCUACGGCGACAGAGACCGAUUCGACCGGGGAUUCGACAGAGGCGGAGGAGGCAGAGGCUCAUCCAGGUGCGAUACACACGGAAGACAGAACAUGAGACAGGGUGGUGCAUGUGUGUCGCUUUGUGUGUACGUGUGGUGUCAGGGUCAGCGAGACCGGCACUGGCUGGGACAUUCGUGACGGCCGCAGAUACAUACCGGAGGACGUAAGAGCGAUACCGACUGUCGACCAUUUAGUUUAUGUGAUCGCACACGUUUGCGUGUGACUUGUGUGCAUCACAUCAUGUGCAUGCAGGAGGCGGAGCUCUUCACAUCGGAGGGCAAGAUGUCUACCGGUGAGUUGAGUAGCCAGCCAGCCAGCCAGCCCGUGCGUCGUCUGUUGUCUGUCGUGUGCACACCUGUCCUCCCGUCUGCGUGGUUGGUUGAUCAGGUAUUAAUUUCGACAAGUACGACCAGAUUCCCUGCGAGGUGACGGGUCGCGGUGCGGGGGAGCUGCCGCGCGUCGAGUCAUUCCAGGAGAUACAGGGCGUCGACGCACUCCUCAUCGCAAACAUCAAACGAGUCAACUACCAGAGACCCACACCCAGUAAGUGCGACACGACACACACCAACAUGACACACACCAUGUGGCUGUGCGUGUGAACCGGUCGGUCUUCUCUCUCUCUCUGUGUGUGUCUGUUUGUGUGUAUUGUGUGUCUUCAGUCCAGAAGCACAGCAUCCCGGUGGUGUUGGCUGAGCGAGACCUGAUGGCGUGCGCCCAGACGGGGUCCGGCAAGACGGCAGCGUUCCUUUUCCCAAUCAUCGCAGAGGUCAGCCAGACAGCCAGCCAGCCAGCCAGGCAGUCAGCGAGCGAUCUGCCACAUCCACCGAACUGCAUGUGUGGGUGAGUGCUUGUGCUGUGCUGCAGAUGUUGCGCAUGGGCCCUCCACCGCCCCCCGAGAACACCAGAUACAACAGACGGUACUCGCACAAACAGCAGUCAGUUGACGAGGUAUGCAUGGAGGCAUACAAUGUUGCCGUGUGUGUGCAUCUGUGUUGUGUGUAGUAUGACGUACCCCGUGUCGUUGGUGCUGGCUCCCACCCGCGAACUGGCCAUACAGAUCUUCGAAGAGUCGCGAAAGGUACGCAAUGCACACCACCCACACAGCCAUCGUACGACUAUCUAUCAUCUGUUUGUGUCUGGUUGCUGGGUGUCCUUUUUCUCGCCAGUUCACUUAUGGCACUGGCAUUCGCGCGGUGGUCAUCUACGGUGGCGCAGACGUCAAGCUUCAAUUCAGAGAACUCGAACGGGUAGCACACACACAGCACUCGCAGACAUGUGCUCAACGCAAGCACACGCACGAUCUGAUCUGCACACCUUUAUUCCAUGCGUGUGUAGGGCUGCGACAUCCUGGUGGCCACACCCGGCCGCCUGGUCGACCUCAUGGAGCGCGCCCGCGUCUCCCUCGCCAUGAUCAAGUAAACGCGACACACAUGGAAACCACAGCAAACCGAACCUGUGUGUGUGUGGUAUGGCUGGUCAUCUGUGUGUGUGUAGGUACCUGGUGUUUGACGAGGCGGAUCGCAUGUUGGAUAUGGGGUUCGAGCCGCAGAUCCGCCGCAUCGUCGAGCAGGAGGACAUGCCGGACCGAGGCAGACAGACAGUCAUGUUCAGGUACCCAGGGGCACAAUACAGCAACGCAACCAACCAACCGGACAGCACACGUGAAGCACGCCGAUGUGUGUGUCCCCUCCCCUCCCUCAGUGCCACGUUUCCGCGUGAGAUUCAGCGGCUGGCGGCUGACUUCCUGGAGGACUACAUCAUGGUCACCAUCGGACGGGUGGGGUCCACCAACGAAUUCAUCCGGUAGGCACUGGCGCAUUGGCGAGAGGAGAGAAGAGACACAGGACAUGUGUGUGGAUUGCAUGUGUGGGCGUGUUGUGUGCUGCAGUCAGCGUCUGCAGUACGCCGAGGAUCGCGACAAGCAGCGGACCAUCCAGAAGAUACUCGAAGACCAAACAGAGGAAGGACUCUCACUCGGUGAGGGACGACAUGACACGACACAACACCAGAGACACACAAACGACAGGGCACUGAUUCCAUCUCUGUUCUUUCUGUCGGCCUUUGCUGUUGAUUCGUGCGUGUGUCAGUGUUUGUGGAGACGAAGCGCGGUGCGGAUGCGCUGGAACACUACCUGCUGAUGCACCAGUUCCCUGCCACAUCCAUCCACGGCGACAGAUCGCAGUUCGAACGAGAGGAGGCACUCAGGUACACAUAUAGAUCCAUGCAGGCCCCCUGAGCACCACUCAUCUUGUGUGUGUGUGUGUGUGUGUGUGUGGUUGUCUGUCUGUUUCCUCAGAGCGUUCAAGAGCGGGGACUGUCCCAUCCUGGUGGCGACUGACGUGGCAGCCCGUGGGCUGGAUAUCCCCAACGUCAAGCAGGUCAUCAACUACGACCUGCCCAACAAUAUCGACGACUAUGUCCACCGGUAUGGACACACACACACACACACGGGAGACUGUGGGUACGGUUGUGUUGCGCUGUCUUGUGGAUGCAGCAUAGGUCGCACAGGUCGUGCAGGCAACACGGGCACGGCCAUCAGUUUUGUCAACGAGACCAACCGACCCAUACUCAGAGACCUGCUGGGGCUCCUCGAAGAGGCGCAGCAAGAAGUACCCAGGUAGGUACCUACCGACAUACACACAUGAGACCCACCCACUCACUCCCUCACACAGGGAGAAGAACGCGCGUCACGCACCUGCCCGUGUCUGUUGUGGUGUGCUACAGUUGGUUCUCAUCGAUGGUCAACAGCUGCACUGCAUCAUUCUCCAAGUUCGGAAACAGGUAACGGGCCACGACAACACACCACACCAGCAAACCAGCAGCACCAUUCUUCUCCCUCUUCCUGCGUGUGUGUCUUAAGGUUCGGUGGUGGUCGGGGUGGCGGUCGUGGCGGUGGCGGCAGUCGAUUCGGCACAAGAGACAUGCGCAACUUCCAGGGCGGCCCACAGGGACGAGACUACGCCGUAAGCCAACAAACACAACACUCGGAAGAAGCCACAAACAAUGCGCACCCACCUCUCUCUCUCUCUCUCUCCCUAUCUGUGUACCUUCCUCAGUCGUUCUCCAGCAACGACCGUGAUCGUGACCGCGACCGCGGUGGCAGUUCGUCUCGCGCGCCGCCCCCCCGUGGGUACGAGCGCGACCGUGACAUGGACCGAGGCCGUGACCGCAUCGACGACAUGCGCUCCCGCGACCGAGACAGGGACGACCGACCGCGGGGCCCCCCCUCGCGUGGCGUGGGCGGCCCGUCGCCCCGCCAGUCGCCAUACGGCCAGGCCGACGACACCAAGGACGCCUGGGACGACUGAGGGACUGAGGGAGGAACAGACUGAUUGGGUGGGUAGUGGGUGGGUGGGUUGCGAUAUGGGGUGAGGGGCUUUUGAGGGAGGGAAGGAGGGUGGAAUUAGCCAGGAGAGGAGGGGCUGGGGUGGGGGUGGGGUGGGGGGAUUGUUGUAGAUGGAUGGGUAGAGAGGGCCGGGGACGGUCCGCAGGUGUGCUGUGCUGUGCUGUGCUGUGGAGUGGGGUGCUGGUGUGUCGUGGAUUGGAUUGUUGUGUCAUGCGUGCCUGUGCAUACCUGAGCGGUUGGGUCAGACAGCAACCCGGAGUUUGCCUUCCCUCCCUCCCUUCCUCCCUCCCUUCCUUUCUGUCUGUCUGUUUUGCUUUUGAUCAACACAAUCCCCUCGUCCAGAGAGGCGGUGGGUGUGUCGUCUGCUUGGGCGGGCAGACGGACUGUUGGGAGAGUGUGAGCGGCAAAGCGACUGAUUUGUUCAUGAGACACAGCAUACAACACACCGGCUCGCUGAGACGCACGUGGCGCAUGAGGGGGAUUGCCUCGUCGGUCAAGUCCCUGUUUUUGCUUUUUCAACACCAUGUCUGUCUGCCUGCCUGCCUGCCUGCCUGAAUUCGCUGCGCCUGCGUGUGUCCAUGAUAUGAUGGGUGAGUGGGCGGGGUCAUGUGGAUGUUGGCCGACUGCAUUCUACUGCCUGAUAUACCUUGCUCCCAUGCCACUAUGCUAUGGAUGGACGCUCAUGUACCUACUGGCUCUGUCUUGGUUGCACCGCUGUCUGUUUUGGGCAGUGAACACGGCGGCGUUCUCCAUUCGACCGCUUGUAGCCAUUCCUUUCCUCCGUGCCUUUCCCUCCCGAUAGCCUGUUGCGAUGAUGCUUGGGGCCCCUCCAGACCUCAUUGCGAGAGGUUGCGGACAGGCAGAGGCACAGAGGCAGGAGUGUGAUGAAAGACAGACACGCUGCUGCCAUGCUGUGUGCGCGAGUCAAGUCCGGGGAAGGACCGGUGGGAGGGCAGGGGGGGAGGGGAGUUUGAACGGGAAGGGACAGAUAUAGUUCUUCCAUCGGUGUGUGGGUGCAUUCUGUGUGUAUGUGUAUGUGUGCUUGUGUCCAUGCCCGUGUGGCUGAGGGGCUGCUGGCUGCCCGACUGAGUGGCUACCUGCCCGCCUGACGAGUGGAUUGGGGUGACCGAUAGAUAGUCCACUGGUGUGGUCUGCCUGCAUGGGCUGUGUCAUGGCUGGCUCUACAUUCCUCCUCUCUUGGUGCUGCAUCUCCUUUGCGGACGCAUAAUCGAUAUUGUGUGAGUGAACCCGUCGACUGAGUGAUGAUUCCCAUUCGACCUUACACACCACGCACAUGAGUCACGUGUUCAUUCGCCAGCAGCC